GAAGAUUUUCCCUUUGGUUUGAUGUCGCCUGUUCAUCGCGAUGGAUGUGUUUUCAUGAGGUGAUUAUUGAAUGAUGUGGUUGCUGCUGUCACUGCUGCUGUGCGUAAAGACCUCGGUGAGCUCUCCUGUGGCGGAGGGUUUUCUGGAGCGAUAUGGAUACCUACAUGAGGAUAAUGAAACUCACAGUGCAGCUGAAGUCAAGUCUGCCAUCAGAGAGUUUCAGUGGUUGUCUCACCUGCCCGUCACUGGAAGGCUGGAUAGUGCCACACUGCAGAAGAUGACAUCACCCCGCUGUGGGGUCAAUGAUGCCUAUAGCCAAAGUGCCUGGAGUCAAAGGGUGAACAGCAUCUUCACAGGCUACAUGGGCAGGCGUGGGCAGCACCUCCGUAAGAAACGUUACAUUCGGUCAGGAGAGAAGUGGUACAAACGUCACCUGACGUAUCGCAUCGUAAACUGGCCAAGGAACCUCUCUCCCAGUCAAGUGCGCUUUGCAGUGCACAUUGCAUUCAAGCUCUGGAGUAAUGUGUCUGGACUGGACUUCCAGGAGAACAGCCACGGUCCCACUGACAUCCGUCUGGCCUUUUUUGAAGGAGAACAUAAUGAUGGGACAGGAAAUGCAUUCGACGGACCAGGUGGUGCUCUGGCUCACGCGUUUUUCCCAUUCCGUGGUGAAGCUCACUUUGACAUGGCUGAGCGCUGGACUCUAACCGGUCUUAAAGGACACAAUCUGUUCCUGGUAACUGCCCAUGAGAUCGGUCACACUCUGGGAUUGGUUCAUUCCCCCGUCCGUCAUGCUCUCAUGUCACCAUACUAUAAGAAGAUGGGCCACAGUGCGCUGCUCAGCUGGGACGACAUCACAGCUAUUCAACAACUGUAUGGUAAACCAUCUGGGGAUGCAUUCAAGCAGCUGGCAGGACGGACUCUGAAUUGGGCCAUAAAGGAGUGGGAGAUAUCUGAAGAACCUAAAGGAGGUUUCCACACGCCCCACUACUGCCAGGGUUUCUUUGAUGCCAUCACCACAGAUGAGAGUGGGGCAGUGCUGGUGUUUCAGGGCCGUCGGUUCUGGACUGUAUCUAACGGCAGUGUGAGCACUCCUCUACCACUUCAGACACGCUGGCCGAAGGUUCCAUUGGCCAUCGAAGCAGCUGCAUUCUCACCGCUGGACAAAAAACUUUAUUUCUUUAAAGGAAGGCAGAUGUGGCGUUACUCAGGCUCUGAUCUGGACCCUGGAUUCCCCAGGAAGAACAGUGAAUCCAGUUUGCCUAAACACCCUGACUGUGCCUUCUUCUAUCGCCCUCUGGGCCACAUGAUGCUCUUCAAAGGAUCCCGUUACUUCGUCCUGAACCUCAAAACUCUAAAGGCCGAGCUGUACUACCCUCGCAGUCUGAGGGACUGGAAGGGAAUUCCGCGGGGGGUAAACGGAGCCCUGACCCGGCCCGAUGGGAAACUGUACUUCUUUAAAGAGCAGCAGUACUGGAGGUUUGAUCCAGGGAAGGUGCGCAUUACUUCGACUGGACUGUGGGGAGAGAAGCUGCAGUGGAUUGGCUGCCACAGGUCUCCUUCAAUACAGGGUAAUGAGCUACUCUGA